AGUACCUAGUGUGGCUGCAUGCUUUCAUCUGUUAAUUAAAGGCUUUGGGAAGCAAAAGGACUCACCUCGUCUCACUGUAAGCACCGGACCUCCAGAGAAUUGGAAUCUCCUGGAAUUAGUAUUGAUCUCUAUUCAGGGUGUUGCGAGUGAAUCUACGUGAGACAUCUAUCAGGCCUCGUCUGACCCCAUUCUACUGCUCUGUAAAUUGCUCCUCUCCUGCCUCAGCCUCUGGGCCAUGGUACAUCAGAGUGUAGCAGCUACAACAUGAGUGUAACUCCAUCCACCACCCUGGACAGCCAGCUGACCACUACCUGGGGCCCCACAAACUCCUACUCUGACGUUUCGAUGGUGAUGUCUGGUUACACGAGUCGCCUGUGGCCUCGUGACACCCAGCCUCAGUUCUGGAGUAAGUACCAGGUGUGGGAGUGGCUGCAGCAGGUCAUGGACAUGCACCAGAUCGAUGCCUCCAGCAUUCCCUUCCAAAACUUUGAUAUGGACGGCCAACAGCUCUGCAGCCUGAGCUACCAGGACUUCAUCCAUGCUGCCGGCAGCGUGGGACCCAUCCUCUUCCACAGCAUCACAGAGCUCAAGUGGAGCGGGCAGUACCAUGUGGAAAUAGGGCAACUGGAACUCAAACCAGAACUAGACUUCUCCUGUCCAUUUCCAGACGUCAGCUAUCCACCUGGAGAAAUCUACGAUCCUUCAAUUCACUCCCUCGCUCCUGUUGCCUCUCCCACCCCUUCCAGCCCUGAUAUCAAAAGGUCUUUCAAUCGUCAGGUCAAAAAACACAACCCAAGGGGCACCCACUUGUGGGAGUUCAUCAGAGACAUUCUGCUGAACCCAGAGCGAAACCCGGGGCUGAUCAAAUGGGAGGAUCGGACAGAGGGGGUUUUCCGUUUCCUUAAGUCAGAGGCAGUGGCGCAGUUAUGGGGCAAGAAGAAGAAUAACAGCAGCAUGACUUACGAGAAACUAAGCCGGGCAAUGAGAUAUUACUACAAAAGAGAAAUCCUAGAGCGAGUAGACGGGCGCAGACUGGUUUACAAGUUUGGAAGGAACGCGCGAGGAUGGAGGGAGUCAGACAAGUGACAAUUUCAUUAAUUUAUGUUUCCUUUGAUGUCAAACGCAAAUGUGAUGUUUUAUUGUAGUUUUCAUUGAUCGUGUUUUAUAGAGAUAUGUUUGAACUGUUUACACAUUGUUGACGAUGAGUCUGUUUGUAUUGUUUUUUCCUUUAAACUCAUCCCUUUGUUGUGACACUGCACUGAGAUGUUCCUUACUGUGCCUUAUAAAAAAAAAAAAAAAAGUAGCUUAUUGUUCCAACCUGACAGUGGUCAAACCUCACACACUUGUGUUUACGUAACAUCUCACUGAGGAGAAGGAUAUCAAAACUGCCAAAUGCAGGCAUAAAACAUUGAGAAUUCUGUUUUUAUUUUUACAUUUUCGUCAGAUGCUACAACUCCCAAAGGAGCACGUGUUGAUAGCAUUCAAAACAUAGGUUGUAAACAGAUGUAUGUUUUUGACACUGAUACUGUGAAGUGUCCUUUGGGAAGGAAAUCACUGCAGGAAAAAACACAAAAUUAAAUAAAAUAAUAUUCCUGAAGCGCAAUUCAGCUAUGAAGUACAAGAAUGCAUAAACAAGUGAUACAUAUUUGCAUAAGAAUGGUUUGUUUCAUUUGGUUCAUUUCAUUGAACUGUAAAGAAAGUUUGUACAUGUUUCUUAAUGUUUGAUACAAAUAAAGUUUGCUUUGUUUUUAGUU